CCUAACUCGUGACAUCUUCGACGUAGAUCAGUAUUUAGCAAAGCGGUGGGAGAAAUCGGACUGCGCGAGUUGGGUCACGCCUGUGUUAAACUGCUUUUGACACGCUAAGAUCGUGACUGGGAUGGCAUCAGCGCGUCGCUCUCGGUGGGAGGUGGACGAGCUAGUGAACGGAGAGAUUAUUGACUGCUCGAACUGUCUUCGAGUUCGAGAUCCAGUUAUCAUCGACGACUUUGCUAGCAAUCCUGCUGAAGAAGAUGCUGCACUGGAGUAGCUAACGAGAGAAUACCGAAUAACCUUAGCUAAGAGAUGCUCUUUGGUAAGGGAUGCACCGACAUCUAGCCAAUCAGGGGCUACAAAUAGGCGUAGUUUCUUACAACAACGUUCCCA